AGUUCUCGAUCGCACAUUAACGUUCAUACAUGUAGCUACUCAUUGCGGGCGGGUGGUGGAAAGACUAUUCAAAACAGGAAUUGGUGGUAUGCAUGUCAAGAGCUCGCUAUCAUUACCAAUAUCGUAUCAGAAAUCAAACAGUAUGGAUUCACCAGGAGUAUCGUUCUCACAAUUUUGGAUUCAAAACUACGAACUAACUAACUAGACUUGUCAUUACACUUUUUCAAGAGUGAAGUCCUAUUGAUGUUGUGGAGAGACAAGAAAAAAAUCAUUUGCGGAUCAGUCACAGCAAAGUUUACAGUGUAUGGGCGUGUACACUUUUAGAAGUUCUGUUUACACUAAAUAGCCUAAGGACAAAACAAAGGUUUGACUUUUUUAACCAGCUCCCUUGGAUGUUAUAGAUCAGGAUAUAUAAUUUGUCAAUGAAGAUGGCAGAACGGUGGCCUAGGACUUACAUGAAGUUGGUAUUUAAUUUGAUUGUACUCAUUUCAGGAUUCUCCAGAUUUACUCAUGCCGCAGAUGGCGAUGUGAGGUUAAGAGGAGGGGCAGCAAAUUCAGGUCGGGUUGAGGUGAGGCGCAACACCACUUGGGGGACUGUGUGCAUUGAUGGAUUCAACAAGGACAGCGCUGACGUCGUGUGUAGACAACUUGGGUUUCGAGGUGGUGCUCUCAGGGUCGAUCCGGAGGAUGAUUUCAGCUUCAUGCCAGUCGACACAUCGCUCGAUAUCAUCCUCUUCAAUGCUAGCUGCGUCGGUAAUGAGACCAACCUAGCAGAUUGCUCCGAUGUCAGGUGGUCGGAUGGGACAUGUCAGUCAAGCAGACAAGCUGCAGUGUUCUGCGCACUUCCUUACUACGAGGGAUGCUUUGAGAGUGGCUCGGCGAAUGGUAUAGCAGACAAUUCUCGAACUCUUGAAGUCCUUAUUGGCUUGUGCAGAACAUUCCAAAAUGCAUAUGCUGGCUCUUCGCAGGAGGGUGGGGACAAAAGUCGUUGUGGAAAUAAUUUGUCAGAUUUCGGUACUGUCGUUGAUGACUCCCUUUGCACUGAAGUAUGUGUGAACGAUCCAUUCCAACUGUGUGGUGGAACAGGGAACUACCGCGUUGUCUAUUCAACUCUGCUCGGUUCAGAGGGGUUCGCUUUGACUGGGAAUAGUGGUUCACUGACGUCAUACAACUACCCAGGUUUAUACGUUUCUGAUGACCGCCAGGAAUGGACAGUCACGCUUAAUUCUACUCAACGGGUUCAAAUCGAAUUUCCCGCCUUCGACAUAGGUGCUGGUGACGUCGUCACAAUAUCCGCAGGAGGGAUGAAUGAAACCUUCACCACAAGGCGAACGUGGAUAUCAGAACCGGUUUCAUCGUUUACGGUCUGGUUUGAAAGUGCUUCUCCAGGAAAUGGUUUCAUUCUUAACUUUGAUGUCUACAUGUCCAACACGCCUACCACCGUGGUACCAUCAACCACUCAAGGCACACCAACCACACAACCUCCGACAACAACCGAUGCUGCAACGCCAAGCCAAGACACGGCUACCACUGACUUUACAACCCCGAUACCCGAUACCACAUCACAACCUCCACCAUCAACACCAAUGACAACAAUGCAACAGCCUAUCACCGUGGAUGAAACGACAGCCCCGGUUUCAAACGACUCCUGUCCGGAUUAUUUUGGUGAUAUUGAGACAUCGUGGUUGAGCAGAGAUGUCGCCGAAAUCCUUGUUCUCAACACUGGACGACCCUUACCUUGCCACGGUUCCAUCGCACGCAUCUCCUUCUACGCAGCAACGGUCAACGAUAUUACAGUCAGCGUAUGGAGACGCGCGUCCGGGAAUGCGCUCGAGCUGGUUGACAUGACUCUGGUGACCCCCGAAAGAAGUGCAGCAUUUGUGUCUGCCUUGCUACCGCGUACCCUCGGUUUUUCCCAAGGGGAUCUCCUAGGCUUUUCCUCAGAGGAGCUAUCACCAAUGGUUUACUCGGACAGUGCUGCUCAGGCAACGGAACAUACCAUAUACCCUUUCUCCAGCCUUGGGAAUUAUCCAGGAUUGCAGGAUGGCACGACCUUAGAGGUGGCUAACUCAUCAGGUGUACUUAUUUCAAACAGAGUGUAUUCCUGGAGGGUGACGAUUGACGAUCGAGAAUGUAUUUACCCCACUUUGCCAAACGGCGCCAUAUCUGCGCCUGGAAAUACGGUGUUCCUCGGCGAGGAGAUCACGAUAACUUGCAAUUCAGGAUACGAAGCGCCAUUCGACACAGCGGUAUGCAAAGCCGACGGGACGUUCACAAAUCCUGUACAGUGCAACAUUGUGUUCGUCCCGUUCGAUGGACUAACUUUAACCCAUUUCAUUAUCCUUCUCGUUGGUAUUGGGGUGCUGUUCUUACUGGUGGUUUUCGGCUCAUGCGUCUACAUAUUUUGUUCGGGACGUAGCAAAGGUGCUAAGGCAGAAAGGGAUAUCGCAGAUGGUGCAGCUGGAGGAGGCGAAUCUUACCUAAUCCCUAUGGGCAUGCCACCAAGUAAUGGCCAUGGAAAAAAGAAUGGCAUCGAAAAUACAUCAUUCGUCAACGAAGUCCCGCGCGACAUCGAAAAUGGUAACGUACCACCCGCCGACCCGAAUACGAAUAGAAUGGUGAACAUUGAAAUGCCGGAAGAAGAGCCUUUGCAGGUUCCGGAGUCGAGUCCUCCAGAGAUGCCAAAGGAGCCCAUCGAAUCUCCGGCGCUUGCUGAUGACAUGCCCAAUGGAUCUGAAGGGCCUGAUGAGCAAACGAUGACUCCAGAAAUACCAGAACCUGAUUAUGACGAUGAACCAAUUCCACCUCCACCUACAAGUCCGCCACCGCCUCCUCCGCCGGAUUUCGAAGACGCGUUUAUGCCUCAGUCGCCGACCUUUCCACCUUUACCCACACCUGUUCGUACGCAGUAUAAAAUAUAUUCGCCCCCAGUAUCGCCAACCUUUCCUUUGCCACCUACACCUCUUCGUUUGCGUUAUGACCAGGAAUCAGUGUCAUCUUACAGCUCGCCUCCAUCUAAUGUAACCAUGGUAACUACUGGGAACUCAAAUGGUCCUCCCGUUGUUCCCGCCCCUCCACCACCGCCACCACUUCCACCGUCAUUACUAUGAACCCAGUGGAUGAUUCGAAUGCUGAACAACCUUCUUCUGUUCUCCCAAAUGAGGAAGUUCUUUACUAAAGUUGAUCAUAACCCAUUAAUUCCCAAUUAGAUAUACACUAAUAAUGUACAUCGGUACGGUUACGUGGCACGAUGAUAACGAGUAAUAAUUGUUUAGUAUUAAGAAAAUUAAAUGUGGUCUUUUUCUUUUGAACGUAAUGUUUAUACAAGAUUAUUUUGAAGUGUAAAUUUUAAUGUACUUUAAAUGCAACAUAAAAGGAUCACCCCCACCUCCUUCUCCCUAUGCAAUUUAUCUUGGGAAAUAUAUAUAUAUAUUUGUAUAGGCACCUUAAAGUAAGGUCGUAGACAAGAUUAGGUAACGAAAACAAAACGAACCGUAAUUGAGUUGUGACAAUCAUUCCCCGUAGAAAUUAGUAAUUACAAGAUAUCUUAGCAUUUCAACAAGCGUUUACCAUUGUGUUCGAUUUUAUAAUAAUUAUUAUUUAGGUUUUAUUCGAAUGAAGAAAUAACACAAAUGUGUUAGUAACGUUAGAUCAUGUUAUCAAAAGCCAUUAUUAGGAAUAUAGAUAAACUUAAGAAACAUACAAGAAUGUAAAUAAAUCAAUGCAAUGAUAUAUAAUAACAUCCAGAAGUGGUUAGAUGUGAGCGAUUGUCAAGAAAACCAUUUAAAACGAAGAGGUUAAUAUAAUAAUUAUAACAACAUUUAACCUUAUCAUUUAAAGUUAACCCAAUUUACAUUUAAAUGAUACACAUAUGAAUAUGAUGCACCUUUUGAUAUAUAUAUUCUAGUAACAAUAAUACAUUUUAAUCAAUAUAUGUAUAGUUUAAUGUGUAAAUAUUUCUGAAAUAUAUCAUCGACUUUCUUAAUCUUUUUAUUAUUUGUUAAUUAUUUUGAUACAGGUUCUUACUGAUCAACAUAUAUAAUGUUUAGAGUAACCAAGUUAAAUAUUUGCGUCUAUAUUAUCUUUUU